AAAGUGAUUCUUAUCCUCGACGCCAUUUUGAUGAACGACUGCUGUUUGCUAAUGUGUACUCCAGAUUACGACUUCUGGCUCUCCACUACCCAUGCAGAGUGAUGCAUCCAUGGAUCCUCUUCCAUUCAAAGAAGGAGACCCCUCAUCUGGACACAGUUUAACCCAGGUAAAGAGACCAGACUCGCCAUUACUCAGCUGUGUCUCCAUGAAGAGUGAUGCGUCUAUGGAUCUUCCUCUUACAGUGAAAGGUGGAGACCUCUCAUCUGGUAACAGUCUAACCCAGGUAAAGAGACCAGACUCGCCAUUACCCAGCUGUGUCUCCAUGAAGAGUGAUGCGUCUAUGGAUGUUCCUCUUACAUUCAAAGGUGGAGACCUCUCAUCUGGUAACAGUUUAACCCAGUUAAAGAGACCAGACUCACCAUUACUCAGCUUUGUCUCCAUGAAGAGUGAUGCGUCUAUGGAUGUUCCUCUUACAUUCAAAGUUGGCGAGCACUCAUCUGGACACAGUCUAACCCAGGUAAAGAGACCAGACUCGCCAUUACCCAGCUGUGUCUCCAUGAAGAGUGAUGCGUCUAUGGAUGUUCCUCUUACAUUCAAAGGUGGAGACCUCUCAUCUGGUAACAGUCUAACCCAGGUAAAGAGACCAGACUCGCCAUUACCCAGCUUUGUCUCCAUGAAGAGUGAUGCAUCUAUGGAUGUUCCUCUUACAUUCAAAGUUGGAGAGCACUCAUCUGGACACAGUCUAACCCAGGUAAAGAGACCAGACUCACCAUUACCCAGCUGUGUCUCCAUGAAGAGUGAUGCGUCUAUGGAUGUUCCUCUUACAUUCAAAGGUGGAGACCUCUCAUCUGGUAACAGUUUAACCCAGUUAAAGAGACCAGACUCGCCAUUACUCAGCUUUGUCUCCAUGAAGAGUGAUGCAUCUAUGGAUGUUCCUCUUACAUUCAAAGUUGGCGAGCACUCAUCUGGACACAGUCUAACCGAGGUAAAGAGACCAGACUCGCCAUUACUCAGCUGUGUCUCCAUGAAGAGUGAUGCAUCUAUGGUUGUUCCUCUUGCAUUCAAAGGGGGAGACCCCUCAUCUGGUAACAGUCUAACCCAGGUAAACAGACCAGACUCACCAGCAGCCAGCCAUGUCUCCAUUGAAAGUGAUGCUUCUAUUGAUCUUCCUCUUACAUUCAAAGAUGGCGAGCCCUCAUCUGGACACAGAUCUGACUCUCCACUACCCAGCUGUGUCUCCAUGGAGAGUGAUGCAUUCAUAGAUCUUCCUCUUACAUUCAAAGAUGGAGACCCCUCAUCUGGACACAGUAUACUCCAGAUUACGACUUCUGGCUCUCCACUACCCAUGCAGAGUGAUGCAUCCAUGGAUCCUCUUACAUUCAAAGAAGGAGACCCCUCAUCUGGGGACAGUCUAACCGAGGUAAAGAGACCAGACUCGCCAUUACUCAGCUGUGUCUCCAUGAAGAGUGAUGCAUCUAUGGUUGUUCCUCUUGCAUUCAAAGGGGGAGACCCCUCAUCUGGUAACAGUCUAACCCAGGUAAACAGACCAGACUCACCAGUAGCCAGCCAUGUCUCCAUGAAGAGUUCUGCAUCUACUGAUCUUCCUCUUACUUUCAAAGACAGAGAGCCCUCUUCUGGACACAGUGUCCUACAAAGAGAUGGAAACAUAAAAGAACCGAAGAUCACAGAUCCAGGGUGUGAAUCUUCAUCUGCUAGAAUUGAUGUUCAGGACAAAUUCAAAUUAAGUCUGAUAAAGAAGUUUCAGCAUGUAAAUGAGGUGACAACAAACCAGGGAAACCCAACACUUUUCAAUGAGAUCUACACAGAGCUCUAUAUCACAGAAGGAGACAGUGGAAAAGUCAAUACUGAACAUGAGGUGAGACAGAUCGAGGCAGCAUCCAGGAGAGCAGCAACAGAGGAAACACCAAUCAAAUGCAGUGACAUCUUUAAGCCCUUGUGUCAAAAUGACUGUCCGAUUUUUACUGUUCUGACAAAAGGAGUUGCUGGCAUUGGAAAAACAGUCUCUGUGCAGAAAUUCAUUCUAGACUGGGCUGAAGGGAAAACAAAUCAGGACAUUAAUCUCAUAUUUCCACUUCCUUUCAGAGAGCUCAAUUUGAUGAAGGAUCAAACACUGAGCCUGAUGGAGCUCCUUCAUUUUUUUUUAAAGGAGACAAAAGAAACAAAGAUUUCCAGCUUGGACAAAGUUCUGUUCAUUUUUGAUGGUUUAGAUGAGUGUCGUUUCCCUCUGGAUUUCCAGAACACAAUGAGAUUGUGUGAUGUAACUGAAUCAGCAUCAGUGCAUGUGCUGCUGAUAAACCUGAUCAAAGGCAAUCUGCUUCCCUCUGCUCUCAUCUGGAUCACCUCCCGACCAGCAGCAGCUGAUCAAAUCCCCUCGGAGUGGUUUAAUCGAGUCACAGAGGUACGAGGGUUCAAUGACCCACAGAAGGAGGAAUAUUUCAGGAAGAAGAUCAGUGAUCAGAGCCUGAGCAACAGAAUCAUCACACACCUGAAGUCAUUAAGAAGCCUCUACAUCAUGUGCCACAUCCCAGUCUUCUGCUGGAUUUCAGCCACUGUUCUAGAGAGAAUGUUGGAGGAAGCAGAGAGUGGAGAGAUCCCCAAGACUCUGACUCAAAUGUACACACACUUCCUCAUCAUUCAGACAAACAUCAUAAAGAAAAAAUACACAACAAACCAAGAGGCAGAUAAAGAAAUCGUUCUGAAACUGGGUAAACUGGCUUUUCAGCAGCUGAUGAAAGGCAAUCUGAUCUUCUAUGAAGAAGACCUGAUGGAGUGUGGCAUUGAUGUGACAGAAGCAUCAGAGUAUUCAGGUGUGUGUACACAGAUCUUCAGAGAGUUUGGGCUUCACCAGAGUAAAGUGUACUGCUUUGUUCAUCUGAGCAUUCAGGAACACCUUGCAGCUCUAUUUGUGCACCUGAUAUUCAUAAAUGAAAAGAGAAAUGUUCUUCAGCAGAGUCUGUUGUCUAAAAUGUGGCUGCUGCUAAGAGAAAUUACAAUCUCAGAUAUCCACAGGAGUGCUGUAGAUCAUGCUUUACAAAGUAAAAAUGGACAUCUGGAUCUUUUCCUUCGCUUUCUUCUGGGUCUCUCACUGGCAUCUAAUGAGAUCCUUUUACAAACCAUAGUGACAAAGAGAGGAAGUAGCUCCCACAGUAAUCAGGAAACAGGUAAUUACAUCAAGAAGAAGAUCAGAGAGAAUCCCUCAACAGAGAAAUCCAUCAAUCUGUUCUACUGUCUGAAUGAACUUGGUGAUCAUUCUCUAGUUGAGGAAAUCCAAUGCUACCUGCAGUCUGGAAAUUUUCAAAAAGAAAAUUUUUCUCCAUCUCAGUGGUCAGCUGUGGUGUUUGUUUUACUGACAUCAGUGCAGGAACAAGACGUGUUUGUCCUUAAUAGAUAUACCAACAAACACUGUACAUCAGAUGAUGUUCUUCUGAAGCUCCUGCCUGUGGUUGCAGCAUCCAGAAAAGCUGAGUUAUGUAAUUGUGGUGUCUCAGAUGAAGGCUGUGCUGCUCUGACUUCAGCUCUGAGAUCAAACCCCUCACACCUGAGAGAACUGGAUCUGUCUGAGAAUAAACUCAGAGACUCAGGAGUGAAGUGUCUCUCUGCUGUACUGGAGAAUCCUCACUGUAAACUGGAGACACUGAGGUUGUGUGAUUGUGGUGUCUCAGAUGAAGGCUGUGUUGCUCUGACUUCAGCUCUGAGAUCAAACCCCUCACACCUGAGAGAACUGGAUCUGUCUUGGAAUAAACUCAGAGACUCAGGAGUGAAGUGUCUCUCUGCUGUACUGGAGAAUAAUGACUGUAAACUGGAGAUACUGAGGUUGCGUUAUUGUGAUGUCUCAGAUGAAGGCUGUGCUGCUCUGACUUCAGCUCUGAGAUCAAACCCCUCACACCUGAGAGAACUGGAUCUGUCUUGGAAUGAACUCAGAGACUCAGAAGUGAAGUGUCUCUCUGCUGUACUGGAGAAUCCUGACUGUAAACUGGAGACACUGAGGUUGUGUAAUUGUGAUGUCUCAGAUGAAGGCUGUGCUGCUCUGACUUCAGCUCUGAGAUCAAACCCCUCACACCUGAGAGAACUGGAUCUGUCUGGGAGUAAACUCAGAGGCUCAGGAGUGAAGUGUCUCUCUGCUGUACUGGAGAAUCCUGACUGUAAACUGGAGACACUAAGAUUGCGUGAUUGUUAUAUCUCAGAUGAAGGCUGUGAUGCUCUGACUUCAGCUCUGAGAUCAAACCCCUCACACCUGAGAGAACUGGAUCUGUCUAGAAAUAAAAUCAGAGACUCAGGAGUGAAGCGUCUCUCUGCUGUACUGGAGAAUCCUCACUGUAAACUGGAGACACUGAGAUUGUGUGAUUGUGAUGUCUCAGAUGAAGGCUGUGCUGCUCUGACUUCAGCUCUGAGAUCAAACCCCUCACACCUGAGAGAAAUGGAUCUGUCUAGAAAUAAAAUCAGAGACUCAGGAGUGAAGUGUCUCUCUGCUGUACCGAAGAACGCUCACUGUAAACUGGAGACACUGAGGUUGUGUGGUUGUGGUGUCUCAGAUGUAGGCUGUGAUGCUCUGACUUUAGCUCUGAGAUCAAACCCCUCACACCUGAGAAAACUGGAUCUGUCUAAGAAUAAACUCAGAGACUCAGGAGUGAAGCGUCUCUCUGCUGUACUGGAGAAUCCUCACUGUAAACUGGAGACACUGAGGUUGCGUGAUUGUGAUGUCUCAGAUGAAGGCUGUGCUGCUCUGACUUCAGCGCUGAAAUCAAACCCCUCACACCUGAGAGAACUGGAGCUGCCUGAGAAUGAACUCAGAGACUCAGGAGUGAAGCGUCUCUCUGCUGUACUGAAGAACCCUCACUGUAAACUGGAGACACUAAGGUUGCGUGAUUGUAGUGUCUCAGAUGAAGGCUGUGCUGCUCUGACUUCAGCUCUGAGAUCAAACCCCUCACAUCUGAGAGAACUGGAUCUGUCUUGGAAUAAACUCAGAGACUCAGGAGUGAAGCGUCUCUCUGCUGUACUGGAGAAUCCUCACUGUAAACUGGAGACACUGAGGUUGUGUAAUUGUAGUGUCUCAGAUGAAGGCUGUGCUGCUCUGACUUCAGCCCUGAGAUCAAACCCCUCACAACUGAGAGAACUGGAUCUGUCUGGGGAUAAACUCAGAGUGCUUCCAUCUUAAACUACAGGACUUGAGAAUGUGAAGAAUUUUCAUCUGAUGCAGACUCCACAUAAAAAAACAUUUUCGCACACUGGAGAAUGAAGAACAUUUUAGUCAUUUUGCAGAGAUGUGUACCAAGUGGCACUUCGUCAAUACGAGCAGCUGGGGCAGAGACCCACCAUUUAUAUCAACCAUUCAACGAAUAUUAAUCUUCAUAAAGCCAUCAUUCACAACUCCAUACAUUUUAAAUUGAGCAACACCUAGAAACACAGCAAUUCAACAGAAAAUCAGGUUAUAUCUGUCAAAUAUUUUUUUAAGUCAUUGGUGCCAACUUAAAAAAUUAUUGCACAGAUAUAAGCUGAUUUUCUGUUGAUUCACUGUGUUUCUAGGUGUUGCUCAAUCACGGGUCAAUGCACACACAACCCCACUUCUUCCAUAUGUUUAGUAUUACAUCUAGUGGUCAAAAUGGGAACUGCACCAAGCAAUAUACAUCCAUACCCCUACCCAAUUUUUCAUUUUCCUAUGCCCAAAUCUUCUGGAAUAGUUUAAAGACUUUAAACCAGACUUUGUUUUUUUUAGAUGUAGUUUUAAUUUAAAUUUUGUUGUAACCUGUAAACCCUGGUUAAUAAUAUGGUCUUAAGCCACUUGUAACAAGCUGCAAGACUGUACGCUGGAUGACUGUAAAUUGUCAACUCUCAACUGCCUUUUAUGGAGUUGCUGUAAAAAUUCAGAGUAAGUGGUGUUGCAGCACUACUAUAAGCAAUAAGCGCUUACUGAAGCUCAAUUAAUUAUUUUUAUUAUUAUACAAUUCCACAUUUAUACCCUACAGAAUCUGGACAUCAUGGCAGAACUCAGGUUCUGGUUAAGGUUCUAGUUGCUCUGGUCUUCACUCCAGCCCAUGUCUUCCACCAUUCUACCCCUCUAUCACAUCAUCUGGUUGGAAUACUCUAAAAGAGACCACCUUGGCUGAAGCAGUGGUAGUGGAGCAGUGGUAGCUCAGUGGUUAAGACAUUGGCCUACUGAUCAGAAGGUUAUGAGUUCAAGUCCCAACACCACCAAGCUGCCACUACUGGGCCCUUGAGCAAGGCCCUUAACCCUCAACUGCUCAGUUGUAUAAAAAAUGAGAUAAAUCUAAGUUGCUCUGGAUAAGGGCGUCUGCCAAAUGCCGUAAAUGUACAAUGCAGUGACUAUUUACUCAACAUGCAAUUGCUACUCUGUGUUUUCUUUUCUGUAAACACUGCUUUGUUUUGUUUUUGUAACAUUCUGAAGAGAUCUAAUUGCUGUGACUGACAUUUGUUAUAAAUAUUUAUGAGCUUUGAUGGAAAGCAUGACUCUGGAGAGUUAACUGGAGUUUUCAAAUCUUUUAAAAGAUGAAAAUCAGAAAACAAAAUCACCAGGUCUUUUUCCAGUCUUCUACUGUCCAGUUUCAGUGAGUCUGUGCUCAUGAUAGCCUCAGAUUCCUGUUCUUGGCUGACAGGAGUGUAACCUGAUGUUUGCUUUUGUAGCUCAUCUACCUCGACAUUUGAUGAUUGAGAAUGCUGAGAUGCUUUUCUGCUCAGCAUGUUUGAAGAGAGUGAUUGAGUUACUAUGUCCUUCCUAGCAGCUCGACAAUCUGGCCAUUUUCCUCUGACCUCUCUCAUCAACAAGGCAUUUCCACCCACAGAACUGUCCCUCACUCAAUGUUUUUUGAUUCUGUAUGAAUUCUGUAUAAACUCUAGAGACUGUUGUGUGUGAAAAUCACAGGACAGAAGCAGUUGCUGAAAUACUCAAACAAGCCCACCUGAUGUGACAUUAACUGAAGCUCUUCACCUUUAUCUGCAGGAUUUUAUACACUGUGCUGCUGCCACAUGAUUGGCUGAUUAGAUAACUGCAUAAAUGAGCAGGUGUACAGGUGUUCCUAUUAAAGUGGACAGCGA